CACUUCCAGCCAUUUGAUUAACAGACAAGAUGCAACUGUGGCUUUUAUCUGUACUGGGAGUGUCAAUUCUUUCCACCAGCAACGCCCUAGAGUGCUAUGUUUGUAAAAAUCAAGAGGGCAAUAUUGAAAAAUGUCUAAACACAAUUAAAACCUGCGAGCAAGGAGAGGACACUUGUCUGUCAGAAAUCAAAUGGGGCAGUACACCAUAUUGGAAUCAAGGUGCUAAAAAGCAAUUUUAUAUCUCGAAAAGAUGUUCGACUAAAAGAGAAUGCGAAAGAAUCCGACGUACUAAUAUGCCAGAUUGUUCGCACAUUUGGUAUCAAGAUUGGCAAUGCUCCGAAUGUUGCCAAGGAGAUAGAUGCAAUUACUAUAUUAUUGUAAAUAUGCUAUAAUUUAAUAACAAAUAAGAAUAAUAAGCAAAA